AUGGCCACUAACAUCAUACAGAGUACUCCGACAAUGAACCAAGUGAUUCCUAGUGAACUUUGGGUCUCCUUGGAAUCUGAUGAUAGCACAAUCAUGAAGGUGGUCAGGGCAAGCCAUGCUCCUGAUGGUCGCAAAGUUGAUGUCAAGCCCAUGCUCCGUAUCAUCGACAACAUUUUGCUUUGUGCUGCCCCUGCCAUUGCAGAGGGAACAUAUGAAGAUAAGACUCUCUUGGACGAGGGCAAAAUCAGUCUGCCUGAUGCCGAUGCCAAGCUUAAAACUCUUGCUUCUAUCAUUAAAAAAGUCUCCUCUGAGCUCUUUUCCUACAACAACUUGUUCCUCUCAGGAACAUUCAAAGCGGACAGCAACAUCAAUCAGACCAUUAGUGCCUACGGAGUUAAGAUGGAUUGCAAGUGUACGUGCUCGGGUGGAAGAGAUGUGCAUGCAACGAUUAUGGUGUUACUUGACACCCUCUCAAGCUAUUCGUGGGAUGCCAAAGUAGUGCUAACCGUAGCUGCUUUUAUAGUGAAGUACGGUCCCGAAUUGUUUCUGUUCACUUCACCUAAUGCUAACAAUUCAGGACUUGCUCACUCUAUGACACUCCUCAAGAAACUUCGAGACAUCACUGAACAUACUAAGUUAUCCAAGCCUAAAAUCGAUGCAAUCAUUGGACUUUUCAAGGGCAUCAUGGGUGUAACCAAAUGCAUUGUAGAAUUGCAUGAUCUACCCCCUGAGUCCAUUGCAACUGACGAGACACCAAUGUCAAAUGCCAUGGCUUUUAUCCCCAAAGCUGCCUACUGGACAAUCCUUAGCGUUGUGGUCUGUGCUUCCUAUAUUCCUAGACUCAGCGGGUCUGAGGAAUCAACCACGGAAUUAUGGGAUCUACAAAGAUUGGCCUCUGCAGGCACCAAAAUACUCAUGACCCUAAAGCACCACAUCACUAUUUGCAAGGAGUACGUAGAUGAGAAAUGUAAAACAGCUUACUGGGAACUCGUUCAAAUUAUCAACUCAACUCACUCGGACAACCUGACGAUUCUCAGAACCUUGUUUUUUGUCAAGGGUGGUAAGCAAUAUCUCGUGGAUCGCACCGGCAAGCGAAUUUACGUUGAGGAUUUGCGGGAAAAGAACGUGUUGCUGCUCAUAUCUGGCCUUGAUCUCUCAAAAGAAGAGAUUGAUACUCUUGGUAAGCUGUACCAAGAGGCUCAAACAAAGGGAGAGGUUGAAUAUAAGGUAGUGUGGAUCCCAAUUGUGGAAAAGACAAUCUCUUGGGACCAAGAGAAACAGCAAAAAAUUGAGCAAUUACUAUCGUUGAUGCCCUGGUACGCUGUGCCUGAACCUUCGAAGAUCAGAGCAGAGGUCAUCAAGUAUAUAAAAAGACAAGGAAAGGUGCGGUCAUUGAAUGCCCUUGACAUGCUUCUUAUAUGGGGAAAUAAGGCUUUCUCUUCCAUCUAUAGUGAAAAAGAAGAAUCAAUUUGGGAGGCACGAAAGACUUGGACGCUUGAGCUACUUCUAGGCGGCCUUGAUAAUAAUUUCUCCCAAGUUCUUGACUGGACGAAACAAGGCACAACCGUAUGCUUAUACGGAGGAGAAGAUAUUGAGUGGAUCCGGGAGUUCACGAAAGCAACGAAGGAAGUUGUGAAGAACAUCAACUCAGCUGGCACCAGCUUUGAGUUAGUCUAUGUAGGAAAGAGCAAUGCCAUCAAGGAGGUGGGGAGCAUCAAUAGCAUCAUUGAUGCAGAGAAUCUUAGUCGCUAUUGGAUUGACCUAACAUCCGUUUGGUUCUUUUGGACCCGGUUGGAGAGCAUCCUCUACUUGAAAAUGCAGCAAGGCAAGAAUUUCAAAAAUGACCGUAUAAUGCAAGAGCUCACAACUUUGCUUAGCCACGAUGGCAGUGACAAAGGAUGGGCUCUCCUUUGUAAAGGGUCUUCUGAAAUGGCCUUGGCCAGGGGAGAUGUUGCUCUGAAGAGUAUGAAAGAGUUCAGCGAGUGGAAAGAUGCUGCCAUUCAGAACGGUUUUUUUCAGGCACUAAGCAGUUACUUCCAAAAAUCACAAAAAGUGCAACGUUGCCGCCGAGUUAUCCUUUCAGGGAACAGGUGGGAAAUCCCAAGCAAGAAGCUGAGUUCUGAAGGAUGUGAGUGUAGCAUGGAGAAGUGCUUUAUGUAUCGUUGCUACUUGUGUGUUCUUGUUCUUGGAUGCGAUUUGAUUAGGGAUGCUCUUCCAAGGUUCCAUGCUCUACCCCAAAGUUUCUGGACUGCCCAUGAUUUGUUCGAUGAAUUGUCUAAGCUGAACCUCCCCGUUUUCCUCUGUUGCUGGUGGCUUUUUGCUAGUUAUGAAGCAGGAGGUGAUGACAGUGUUGGUAAAUAUACUAAUUUGUUUAUUGAUUACAAAGGGCAGAUUUGUUAUUUAAGUAGAAAAGCUGGGCCAAUAGUCAAGGAGGGUGUCCGAAUAGCACCUCCUUGUAGUUUUAGUGUGUGUACUGUAUGUAUGCAAGUGGUAUGCAGUGAUAUUUUGCGACCGAAUGUAGAAUAG